GAUGCUGGACUCUGGACUCGCGUCUGGCUCUUUCUUGGCUGUCUCUCUCCUGAAUAUAUGGACGAUCAUCAUUAGAUCUUAUCAUCCUUCACGAGUCACAUGGUUUUACAUCCCUCGACGGACUCUCGUUGAUGGCUCAUCCACUCCCUCUGAUGUACUUCGAACCAUUCUUUGUGUACGAUACGGAUACCAGACGCCUCGCCACCUCCGUCUGCAACGUGUACUACUCAUACAUUUUUCUGUAGCUGAAAACCUGCCGUUGCAACUUGUAAUGAACGUAUAUAACAUUCUAAUUCCAACAUAGCGUCGACGUUUCAA